UGGGUGUUUCUUCUUUUUAUAGGUCCGUGUCAUAUUUGUGGGCCAGUGUAACACAUGCCACGACCAAACCAAACCACCACACCACGCAGCAUAACCAUUCAUCCUCCCCUCCACACACUCACACCAUCACGCACACACCAUCCCACGACCAUGUCUGAGGCGAAGCUUGAGCAAGAGGUGCAGCGGCUGGCUGUGACGUCGACCAAGAAGGCGUACGGCAUCGACGGUCGCAUGUACGCCUCCGAGGUGCAAGAGAAGUGGGAGUCGUUCCUUGGGCAGACCAUCACCGUCGGCGGCUGGGUCAAGAAAGGUCGCGCUGCUGAGAAGGGCACGCUGUUCUUCCUUGAAGUGAACGAUGGCUCGUGCCCUGGAAACCUGCAGUGCAAGCGCAAGGUUGACGAGAGCGACGAGGAGGCCAUCAAGCUGUACAAGCCCCUCACCAAGACCGGCGCUUCCGUCCUGCUUCGCGGCAAGAUUGUAAAGGCUCCAGAGGGCAAGGAGCAGAAGUUUGAGCUUGACAUUGAGGAGGUUGUGCACUCUGGCCUGAUUGAGGGCAGCUACCCGAUUGCCAAGGCGCGCAUCCCGCUGGAGGUUCUCCGCAAGCACUGCCACCUCCGCGCGCGCACCAACAUCAUUUCCGCUGUGGCUCGCGUGCGCAACGCGCUGGCACAGGCCACGCACCGCUUCUUCAGCGACAACGGGUUCAUGUACCUGCACACGCCGCUGAUCACGGCGAGCGACUGCGAGGGAGCUGGCGAGAUGUUCCAGGUCACCACCCUCUUCUCCAAGGCCGAGAAGGUCCUCGAGACGCCGCUCCCAUCCGACGAGGAGGUCAAGGCAGCAGAGGAUGCCGUGGCCGAGCAAGAGGCGGCCGUGCAGGAGAUGCGCGAUGCAAAGCGCAACAAGAAGACCAUCAAGGCGGCGGAUGCAGUGCUGCAGGAGAAGCGGGCGGCGCUCGCGGCCAUCAAGGAGCGCGUCCUCGCACGCGACGGCAUCCCGCGCACAGAGGACAAGCAGUUUGACUUUACAAAGGACUUUUUCAAGCGGGCUGCGUACCUGACUGUCUCUGGGCAGCUGCAGGGCGAGUCGUAUGCGUGUUCGAUGGGCAACAUCUACACGUUUGGGCCCACCUUCCGCGCAGAGAACUCCAACACCACCAGGCAUCUUGCUGAGUUUUGGAUGAUUGAGCCCGAGAUUGCUUUCUGCGACCUCACAGGCUGCAUGGACUGUGCGGAGGACUAUGUGCGAUACUGUUGCCAGUAUGUGCUGGACAACUGCCGUGCGGACCUCGACUUUUUCGCCAAGUUCGUCGACAAGACCGUCAUUGAUCGCGUCACGGAGCUCACCGCCAAGCAGUUUGCUCGCGUCGAGUACAAGGAUGCGGUGAAGCAGCUGCUUGAGCUGCAGGCUGCAUUUGAGUCCAAGACUGACGAGGAGAAGGCCGGCAAGAAAUCGCUCUUUGAGAUCCCAGUCGGUGAGCGAAUUGACCUUGCGACGGAGCACGAGCGGUACCUGACCGAGCACAUCUACAAGGGCCCCGUCAUCCUCUACAACUACCCGAAGGAGAUCAAGGCGUUUUACAUGCGCGAGACGCACGACGAGUUUGAUUCCGUCGCAGCAAUGGACAUUCUCGUGCCCAAGAUUGGAGAGCUCGUUGGCGGGAGUCAGCGCGAGGAGCGGCUUGACGUGCUGCGCCGCCGUCUGCAGGAGGCCGGACUCGACGAGAGCGACUACGAGUGGUACCUCGACCUCCGCCGCUUCGGCACCGUGCCGCACUCCGGUUUCGGCCUCGGCUUUGAGCGCCUCAUCAUGCUUGUGACGGGCAUGGAGAACAUUCGCGAUGUCAUUCCGUACCCGCGCCACCCAGAGCACAUCCCGUGAGCUGCUGCCGCCAUCCAGAGGAACAGGCAGAGCAGCAUGCACUGCACAGCUUUGGUUGCUUGCUCAAAUGUCGCUCUUCUUGCAUGUGUGUGUGUGUGUGUGUACGCGUGUGGGUUUUGUUUGGUUCCGCCCUCUGCUUUCUUUGUCUGUUUUCGUUUUGCAAUGUAGUGAGUGAUUGAUUUGCAUAGUGUUCGCUCGUUCUCGUGUUCAUUGGAAUAGUUUUGUCCCUUGUCUCUCACGCGUUGCAUGACUGCCAAGUACACAAAGUCAUACAAACAAACAAAGCCCAG